UGGAAAAAGAUAGAGCGAUAUGGACAGUGAGACCGCGUGUCUCUUUCCCGCAGCAUCCAUCCAUCGCCUUCCCCCUCCCCCUUUCCGCUUUUCAAAACCCUAAUUCCAAAUCCCUCCCAAAAUCCCUCCCCCCCUCCGUCGCACUCCGGAUCCGUGCGCGGGGUUUUGCUUCUUUUUGGUUGGAAGCGAUUUCCCGCAAGGUUACAGACAUUUCUGGGGAGUCUUGUAAUUGGUUGCUCUGGGUGAGGGUUCUUGAUGAGGAUUGUAGUGCUUCGGUUGCUGAUCUGAUGCUCGCUGUGUUGGGUCUGGGGGCUUUUGGGAGAUGUCCUCGCCUCCGGCAGCGGCGCCGCUGUUCGAGCGGCAGCGCGCCGUUUCGUCUAAUACGGUGUACAAGAGCGGACCACUCUUCAUAUCUUCCAAAGGAAUUGGUUGGAAGUCAUGGAAAAAGCGCUGGUUCAUCCUCACGCGAACCUCUUUAGUUUUCUUCAAAAAUGAUCCUAGUGCAUUGCCUCAAAGAGGUGGUGAAGUGAAUCUUACUUUGGGGGGUAUCGACAUAAACAAUUCUGGGAGUGUGGUGGUUAGGGAAGAUAAAAAAUUGUUGACUGUUCUAUUUCCUGAUGGACGUGAUGGGCGCGCAUUCACACUUAAGGCAGAAUCAUCUGAGGAUUUGUUUGAAUGGAAAACAGCACUAGAACAAGCUCUUGCACAAGCUCCAAGUGCUGCUCUUGUAAUGGGACAUAAUGGAAUAUUUCGUAAUGACAAUACUGAAGCAUUUGAAGGAUCUAUCCAGCAUUGGAGGGAGAAGCGUCCAACCAAGUCAUUAGUUGUGGGCAGGCCAAUUCUGCUAGCACUUGAGGACAUUGAUGGAGGACCUUCUUUCCUGGAAAAAGCUUUGCGAUUCCUAGAGAAGAAUGGAACAAAGGUUGAAGGAAUCUUGCGUCAAGCAGCUGAUGUUGAGGAAGUGGACCGCAGAGUUCGAGAAUAUGAGCAAGGGAGGACUGAAUUUGCACCAGAUGAGGAUGCUCAUGUUGUUGGUGACUGUGUAAAGCAUGUUCUUCGGGAGCUACCAUCAUCUCCAGUUCCAGCAUCCUGCUGCACUGCAUUGCUGGAAGCUCAUAGGCUGGAGCAGAAGGAAGCUCGCAUUAAUGCUAUGCGCUCUGCAAUAUCUGAGACAUUUCCCGAACCAAAUCGCCGAUUAUUACAGAGAGUCCUGAAAAUGAUGCACACUAUUGCCUCUCAUACUGCUGAGAAUCGAAUGACUCCAUCCGCUGUUUCUGCUUGUAUGGCUCCUCUUUUGUUGCGCCCACUUUUGGCCGGCGAAUGUGAGAUGGAGGACGAAUUUGAUGUAAACAAUGAUAAUUCAGCUCAACUUCUCGCUGCAGCUAAUGCUGCGAACAAUGCUCAGGCCAUUAUAACUACUCUGUUGGAGGAUUACGAAACUAUAUUUGAUGAUGAUAACCCAUACAGAUGCUCUCUCUCACCUGACUCUCAAGCUGAAGACAGCGGGAGUGAAGCGUCAACAGUUGAUGAAAACAUCGAUAUAAAAGAUAAUGGAUACCAUGAUGCAGUCAAUGAUGCUGAUCCAGAAACUGAUAUUGAUGCAGAACGUGUACUUAGUGGAAAGCUGAGUGGAAGUAGUGGAUAUGGUGGGGGUGACCUCUAUGACUGUAAGGUCUUUGCUGGUGAUGAUUCAGACGACGAAUCCCAUGAAGAGUACUCAACUUCAACAAAAAAAAUGGACCCAAGUAGAAGUCCAGGAGAUCAAUUUAAUGAUCAUGUCUUACCAAAUAUUGCAAAGUCAACAACAGAAAAGAAUAUGGCAAGUACGGUUCCUGUUUGUGAGACUCCCCUUUCAAUGGGAGUCUGUGAGACUCCCCUUUCAAUGGGAGAAAUACUGUCUUCCUUCGAUCCGGGAAUUCCUUUUGCAGCUCAUGGAGCUGAACUUUGUGUGGAUAAACACCCAAAUAAGAUAAAUGGAUCACAAGCUUAUGUCAAGCGCAGUAACUUUUGGGGCCGUAACAAUGCUAGAAAGAACCAAUCAAUGGAAUCAAUUGACUCAUCUGGUGAAGAAGAGCUUGCCAUUCAAAGGCUUGAGAUAACAAAGAACGAUCUCCAGCUCAGAAUUGCAAAAGAGGCCAGAGGCAAUGCAAUAUUGCAAGCUAGUCUGGAAAGAAGAAAACAGGCUUUGCAUGAGCGUCGUUUAGCUCUAGAGCAAGACGUCUUAAGAUUGCAAGAGCAAUUGCAAGCUGAGAGGGACCUCAGAGCUGCCUUGGAAGUUGGUUUGAGCUUGUCUUCUGGGCAGUUUUCCAAUUCUCAUGCUGUUAGUUCGAAGGCAAGGGCAGAACUUGAGGAAAUUGCCCUUGCUGAAGCAGAUGUUGCAAGGUUAAAGCAGAAGGUUGCAGAACUCCACCUCCAACUAAAUCAACAACAUCAACAGCAUUUUGGAUCUAUCACAGAUGCAAGCAAUCGCUAUCAGAACCUUCCACCCCAUCUCUCACAACUAAAGACUGUUCAGCAUGACUUUGAUGCAACUCUUGCUUUCUGCAAUCAUGAGAAGAAACAAAGAACCGAGGAGGGAUCGUCGGGAUCAGAUUGGAGGAGCAGUAAGCAAAAUGUGCCGCCCUAUUCUAGUAGUUCCAAGCAGUUCUUGAGGAAGCAUUCCUUUCUAGAUACGUGUUCCAGUGGAUUAAGAGGCGCAGAGGAGGCAUCAACCAGUAAUACUCCCAAACCAGCUGAGGGAAUAGAAUAUCCAAGGCAACCAUCAUUGGCGUCUUCCACUUUGGUGGAGCUGACAACUCGCCUUGAUUUCUUUAGGGAAAGGAGGUCUCAACUGAUGGAGCAGCUCCAUAAUCUGGAUUUAAGUCAUGGAAAUUCAACUUCUCAAGGGUUCUUCCACAAACCUUCGCCUCCAUGGACCAGUCCGAGAUGAGAGUUUCCACGCCAUUUAUUUGUAUAUCCUUGCUACAAUAUGCUCCCCUACUCUGCAACUUUGUGCUCAUGAACUUGAUCUGUUUGAAGGAUAUGUUUUGCGUGUUUAUAAAAAUUGGCAGGAUGUAAAUUUUGUAUGUUGGGUCUCCCAUGUUUGUAUCUGUAUCAGCGGCCGCAGGUGUUGUAUCACUUGUGUUUAUUGUGUUGAUGUUCACAUCCAAAUUUUUAUUGGUAUUAACCCUUCAGCAAUUCUCUGA